AUGGCGAGAGACAGUAUCGUGAUCUUGGGGGCGGGAGUCAUUGGCCUUGACGUCGCCAUCGAAUUAUCCAAACGAGGAUAUGGAAAAUAUGUAACGGUUAUCGCCGAGCAUCUCCCUGGCGAUUCCUCAAUUGACUAUACAUCACCAUGGGCGGGCGCAAACUUCUCUGGAAUCUCCGGUGGUGAUGCCAAUGCAUUGCGCUGGGAUCGUGCGGGUUACACUCUCAUGAUGGAGAUGAUUGACAAGAAAUCUACGGAAGCGAAAUUCCUUGAAAAGACUGAAUCUACAGAGUACUGGGACGAGAUGCCCCAGCCCGACAAGAUUCAGAGUAUGACCGAGUAUUUACGAGAUCUUGUGAUAAUACCCCAAAAGGAGCUGCCUGCCGGAGUAGCGUUCGGCAUCAAAUUCACUACAGUCACCAUAAACGCACCUGCUCACUGCCAACACCUGCAGAACCUACUUUCACAGCCUGAAUACGGUUCUGUCCCAUUCAUCCGUUGGCGAGUCUCCAGAUUGCAGGAUGCAUUCCUAUCCAAGAACACUAAGCUCGUGUUCAAUUGCAUCGGAAACUCAGCCAUCACUCUAUCCGGCGUCUCGGAUAGUAAAUGCUACCCAACGCGCGGCCAGAUCUUAGUGGUUAAAGCUCCGUCCGUGAAGCAGAAUAUCAUGCGCCAUGGUGAUGGGUAUGAGACGUAUGUUAUUCCGCGACCGUUGUCGGAUGGCACGGUGAUUCUUGGAGGUUACAUGCAAAAGGGAAAUUCGUACCCGAACGUGAAAGAGGAAGAGUCGCAGUCUAUAUUGAAGAGGACAGGCGAAUUGCUGCCGGUUCUUUUGAAUGGGGAGGUGGAGAUUGUCAGAACGGUGGUUGGCUUAAGACCCUCCAGGGAAGGAGGAGCUAGAGUUGAACAGGAGACGCUUUCUUCUGAAAAAAUCGUUAUACAUAACUACGGCGCUGGGGGCACUGGAUUCCAGGCUGGAAUUGGAAUGGCUGUCGAUGCGGUUAAUUUGGCUGCGGACGCCUUGCAGGAGUUGGGUCAAAAGUCGACGCUCUAG